GACCAUUUAGUUUUGUAGCCGAUUGUCAAAUAACGCGUGUUGAGGUUAAAACGUAUUCGCCUUAGUUUUUCGUUAGUGAAGUUCUUCUAUAAAAUCUGUGCAUUAAAAUGGCUUUAUCUGUACCAAAAGCGCCCGGAGUGGCUCAAAUGCUUAAAGAUGGAGCAAAAAUGUACAGUGGUUUGGAGGAAGCUGUAUAUCGCAACAUUACCGCAUGCAAAGAAUUCUCACAGACCAUGCGUUCCGCCUAUGGACCAAACGGUAUGAACAAAAUGAUAAUUAAUCAUAUCGAAAAACAGUUCGUAACCAGUGAUGCAGGCACAAUAAUGCGUGAACUGGAUGUUGAACAUCCAGCUGCAAAAUUAAUCGUUAUGGCAAGUCAAAUGCAAGACGCCGAAGUUGGUGAUGGCACCAAUUUUGUAGUUGUCUUUGCCGGUGCACUGCUUGAAGCUGCUGAGGAAUUGCUACGCUUGGGUAUUACUACUGCCGAAAUUGCUGACGGCUAUGAAAAAGCAUUAAACAAAUCUUUAGAUAUAUUACCAAAAUUAGUUUGUCAUGAAAUUGAAGAUUUUCGUGAUGUAGCGAAAGUGAAACGCUGCCUUAAUGCUUGCAUUAUGUCAAAACAAUACUCUGAAGAGGAAUUCCUAACUGAAUUGAUAGCCAAAGCUUGCGUUUCAAUUCUACCAGAUAAAAGCACUUUUAAUGUUGAUAAUAUACGCGUCUGCAAAAUUCUCGGAAGUGGCUUAGCUAAGUCAGAAGUAGUGCGUGGUAUGGUAUUUAAGCGUUUUGUUGAGGGUGACGUGACCUAUGCAGAGAAAGCAAAAGUUGUCAUUUUCUCUUGCCCAAUUGAUAUUAUACAAACAGAAACUAAAGGUACUGUUCUAAUCAAAAGCGCUGACGAAUUGAUGAAUUUCUCUGCUGGUGAGGAGAACUUGUUGGAAUCACAAAUUAAAUCUAUUGCUGAAGCUGGUGUAAAGGUAGUUGUAUCUGGUGGCAAAGUUGGCGAUAUGGCUUUGCAUUUCCUUAACAAAUAUGGACUUAUGGCAGUACGGUUGAACUCAAAAUUCGAUUUACGUCGCUUAAGUCGUGCAGUAAAUGGUACAGUGCUUCCUAGAAUUGCCACACCAAGUCAAGAAGAAUUAGGUUAUUGCGAUAAAGUAUGCAUUGAAGAACUGGGUGAUACCACUAUCGUCGCAUUCAGAAAUGAAGGCGCUGAGUCACGUAUUGCCACAAUUGUAAUACGCGGUGCUACAAACAACUUUAUGGAUGAUAUUGAACGUGCACUUGAUGAUGGUGUUAAUAACUUCAAAGGACUGACCCGCGAUGGUCGUUAUGUGCCAGGUGCAGGAGCAACUGAAAUCGAUAUUUCGAACUUAGAAAAAUGUCCCACCGCAAUGGAUGGCAUGGAACGUUUUGCAUGUCCGACACCGGAUUUGCAAGGACGAUAUCGUUGCAUAGACGAUCAUGUGCUGUGUGAUGGUUUUAUUGAUUGUCCCGAAGGUGAAGAUGAAGAUAGAAGAUCGUGUAUGUUCUAUAAAACGAUGUUUUAG